AUGGAAGUGCCCCGCCCAGCCUACGGCUUCGAGUUUGGCGAGCCGCCCAAGGAUAUCCGCUCCUCGUACGACGUGGUUGUAAUUGGCCUGGGCGGGCUCGGGGCUGCGGCUCUGUACUGGGUGGCGCGCAAGCAGAAAGCUGGAGAGGUGUCGGUGCUUGGCCUCGAGCAGUACGACCUGUUCCACCACCGCGGCGGCUCUCAGGACCACUCCCGCAUCAUCCGCCUCGCCCAGAGCGCGCCUUGGUACACCAAGAUCGCGCCGCACAUGUACUUCGCCCUUCUUCCCCGUGUCGCUUGGAAAACGGUGGAGGACGAAGCCGGCAUUGAGCUGGUCCACCGCACUGGUGGCCUUGUGUUCGGCCCCAAGGACAACAAGGACCUGGACGACUACGCCCGCGCGAUGGCGGUGAACGAGGUUCCCUUCGAUGACCUGACAGCGGAAGAGGCCAUGAAGAGGUGGCCACAGCUCACCCUGACGCCCAACUACCGAGUGCUCUACCAGGCCGAUGCAGGCAUUGUCAACCCUCGCCUGGCAAACUCCACGCACAUAACUCUCGCCCGUAAGAGAGGAGCGCACGUGCUCGAUCAGACGAAGGUCACGGAGAUCAUUCCCAUCGGUAAGGAGGGCGCCAAGGUGGUGACCAGCAAGGGCGAAUUCACGUGCAAGCGGCUGAUCAUCUGCGCUGGCCCUUGGACCAACCAUUGCCUCAAGCCCUUCGGGCUGGAGGUGCCGAUCAAGACCACCAAGGAGCAGAUCACCUACUGGGCGACACCCAAUUUACGUGAGUUCUCACCGUCUCGGUUCCCAGUGUGGAUCAGCGUCGAGGAGAAGGACUGCUACUACGGCUUCCCGGUCUACGGAGAGGUGGGCACGAAGGCUGGCGUCCACAUCGGUGGUAAGGAGGUGGACCCUGAUACCCGCGGCUUCGAGCCCGAUGUGGACUUGCUGAACAACAUCGAGGCUUACAUGGCCAAGACGAUGCCCGGCGCCCGUAGCAUGCUGCCCUCCACGCUGCCUGGCACGCCCAUUCUGACUGAUACAUUCCUCACAUUUAAUUGUAAUCCAGUCGGACCGAGGCUGUACACCAAGACGUGUCUCUACGCCAACACGCUGGAUGACGACCUCAUCGUCGACACGCUGCCUAACUUCCCUCAGGUGUCCCUCACCGUUGGCUGUACGUGCAAAGAAGCCUUCCUCGUUUAG